GCCGCCAUAAUUCCGUCAGGCUGCAGCGGUCAGCAGACGUUACAGUCGUGGGCUUAUGUUUAUGGCUGAAAGCGACGCAGCAUAAUACCGUUAAGGGAAACCACUUUCUAGUCACUAACAGUAGGAAACAUCAGCGGCACGGUGGGAACGUGGACUUUCUCGCCGCAUAGGAUGGAAAGGACUUCGGGCAUGAAUUUGUCAGAUGAGGAGGAUUAUGCGGAUAUCCGGGCCUAUUUCUCCAAGACUGAAUGGAUUCGGCUGCAGAGAUGCGAGAAGGUGCACUACAGGAACAUGAAGAGGAACCACCAGGCCAUGUUGGAUAUGGGGUUGAAUUCCAUCACCCCAUUGUUCAUGAGAAGAAACCAAUCCAGGAGGGUGAUGGCGGAAAGGCUGGGCGAUGAUAAACACAGCGAUUCAGAGGAGUUGAUUCUUCACCUUCUGAGAAGGAGCCCGGGUAACAUGGUGAGACAAGAUGAAACUGCCAAUUGGAGGACUCCUGCUGUGAUGGGUGAUUCCUUCAGACACAGCAUCACGCAUUCGUCUGUGUCGUUAAAGCAUAAGGCACUUUCACACUGAAGGUCUGCGACAUGGUUUGGGUUUUUAAGUCAUUGGGCUGUCUU